AUGGCACCAAAGGCGUUGCCGAGUCGAAAUGUCCCAAGCGCAGUGAUGAAGAUGAUGAUGCCGAGGGUGGUGAAGGCAAAGACCUCUGCUGAGCAAAACACGGAGUUGUACUCAGCACUCGACAUGGUGCCUUGCGAGUUCCCAGUCACACUGGAUUUGAAACACCGUCCGCCGCAAGAAGCUCAAGAGAACCGCUGA